AUGGCUGGAAUACCUGACUCCCCUUCAUCAAGCGCUACUCCAGAAGAUACCCCAUCGCCAUCACCCGCACCUGAAAUAAAUAAAUUUAACUGGCUGAAACACGCAAAAAAUGCAAGAAAUAAUCCAUUCGUAAAAGCACGGCCGUCUUUAAAUCGAGAAAGUUCCACUGCAGAACUGUUUUCAAGAGAGAACUCCAGUUCGGAUUUCUUUCAAAAUUCUCGGUUGAAUUUAUUUGAUGCUCCGCCGAAGCCAGAAACUUCCCAAGGAUACGCCAAGGGUGUGUCAUUUAUAGGAUGGCAUCAGCGCACGAAGUUAGAGCGAGUGUUACUCGUCACAACUGCGAUACUCCUAGUAGCUGUUCUUAUGACCAUCUCUAUACUACUGACUGUUCGCGGCACUGCAAAUAUUCCUGUACCCCCGUGCUACCAGCCUGAGCCUAAAGAAGAAAGCAGCGUGUGUUUGUCAAGUUCAUGUAUUUAUACGGCUAGCGAAGUAAUCCGAGCGUUAGACGUAACUAAGGACCCUUGUGACGAUUUUUAUGACUUUGCCUGUGGGGGGUGGAUCAGAAAUAACCCCAUACCAGAGGGGAAAUCUAGCUGGGGUAUCUUUAGCAAGAUAGAACUGCAGAACCAACUUAUCAUCAGAUCGGCAUUAGAGAAAGUAAAUACAACUGACCCAAGGGACGCAGAGGCUAAAGCUCGCGUGUACUAUGACGCUUGUAUAGACACGAACGAAACUAUAGAAAAGUUAGGGGAAAAACCUUUAAUAGACAUUAUAAAGAAACUUGGUGGCUGGCAUAUACUCUCAAAUACAUUAGUAAAACAGCACAAAUGGGAUUUGCAAAAGUUACUUCAAGAUGUGCAAAACACGUACAACUUAGGUGGUCUCUUCAACUGGGCGGUUACAGAAGAUGAUAGAAAUUCUUCGAAACAUGUGAUAGUUCUCGACCAAGGCGGUCUAAAUUUGCCGACACGAGACAAUUACCUAAACAAAACAGCCCACAAAAAAGUAUUGGACGCAUACCUAGAUUAUAUGACACGUAUAUGCGUUUUGUUGGGCGCCAACAAAUCUGAGGCAAAAGCUCAAAUGAAUAAAGUGAUUCAAUUCGAAACCGAGCUUGCAAAUAUAACUAUACCAGCAGAAGAUAGACGUGAUGAAGAGGGCUUAUACAACCCGUAUACAAUAAAGCAAUGGCAGAAGGAAGCACCGUUCUUAAAUUGGUCGAUGUUCUUCAAUGAUGCUUUCAAACUUGUUAAUAGAACUAUAUUAGAUAAUGAAAGAAUUGUUGUGUACGCGCCGGAAUAUUUUAAGAAUCUGACGAGAGUUUUAAGGAAGUACAGUAAAACCGAAGAAGAUCAAAAAACACUCACGAGCUAUAUGAUGUGGCAAGUGUCACGAUCUCUAUCAACUUAUCUCUCCAAAUCCUUCCGAGACGCAACGAAAAUAUUGAGAAAAGCCCUUUUCGGUUCCGAAGGCACGGAGGAGUCUUGGAGAUAUUGUGUUACGGAUACUAAUAAUGCUAUUGGUUUUGCCGUCGGAGCAAUGUUUGUUAGGGAAGUGUUCCACGGCGAAGCGAAGACACAAGGCGAGAUAAUGAUAGAUAAUAUACGAGCUGCAUUUAAGAAACAUCUCAAAGACUUAGAUUGGAUGGACGCUGAGACGAGGGAUGCUGCUGAAACAAAGGCUGACGCGAUUACUGAUAUGAUAGGCUUUCCCGACUACAUUCUGCAUAAAGAAGAAUUAGACAAGCAGUACGAAGAGUUAGAAGUGAAACCGAAUGAAUAUUUCGAUAACAAUAUCGCUUACAACGUUUUCAGUCUUAAACACGAUCUUAGGAAGUUAGACCAGCCCGUUAAUAAAACGAAGUGGGGCAUGACACCAUCAACAGUAAACGCUUAUUACACACCAACUAAAAACCAAAUAGUAUUUCCUGCUGGUAUCUUGCAACUACCAUUUUACGAUGGAGACAAUCCUAAGAGUGUGAACUAUGGCGCUAUGGGGGUUGUUAUGGGACAUGAACUGACUCACGCCUUCGAUGACCAAGGAAGAGAAUAUGAUAGAUUUGGCAAUCUCAACCGGUGGUGGAACAACGCGACCAUAUUGAGAUUUAAGAAGCGGACAGAAUGUAUCCAGCGACAGUAUUCGACUUAUAAGAUAGAAGGACAACAUUUAAAUGGGAAACAAACUCUUGGUGAGAACAUAGCCGAUAAUGGUGGUCUGAAAGCUUCGUUCCACGCCUACCUCGAGUACAGCAAGAAAGCUAAAGUCAACUAUACACUACCUGGAUUGAAAUACAAUCAUCGUCAACUGUUUUUUAUAUCUUUUGCUCAGGUGUGGUGUUCAGCCAUGACAAAAGAAUCGACAAAAAUGCAAAUAGAAAAAGACGACCAUACCGUUGCCAAAUACAGAGUCAUCGGACCUAUAUCCAAUCUACCAGAAUUUUCUCAAGAGUUCAACUGUCCAGAACGUUCUAGAAUGAAUCCCGUGGACAAAUGUGUGAUUUGG